ACGGCGCUGGAGUGGCCCCUGGUGCCGUCCCCCACGACGGCGCUGGAGGCGCCCCUGAGGCCGUCCCCCUGGUUCCUGCGCUGCUGGCGGAGCUUCGGCGACAUGUGACGUGUGGAUUUCAAGACGCUGAGGCUGAAGAGGACACUCGUGUGCUCGAAGCCCAAGCCAACUUCUUCCAAGACCUCAUGAUGCCCGUGGAGCGCUACCUCCUCACCCACGGCUGCGUGGUUCUUGGGCCAUCAGGCGUGGGGAAGACAACGCUGGUGAAUCGCUUGUGCGGCGCACACUUCCACACGGGUCCGCGGAUGGAGGACCAGACCACCAGGGCCCACAGCUGCGACUUGACCCUGGAGGACUUGUCGCCCGACUGGCCCGACUUGUGCAGUGUGCUGAUUGACACACCUGGGUGGAGCAGUGAGACGGCGGGCGAGAUCAAGUCUGAGUACAAGAGGAUCCUGCAAGAGAGGCAGCUGGUCUCGGAGUACACGCCGCACAUCCUGCUGUUCUGCGUCUCCUUGCCUCAGCUCCGUGCCUUCCGGCGGCAGGCGGAGCAGAUGAGCCAGGAGCUGCAAGAGCUCAAGAUUGAUCGACGCUACCCCAUCAAAGUCCUCCCGGUGGCCACCCUUGCGGACACGCAACGCAUGGAAGACUUGGAGGAGCUGCUGAAGGAGGUGAAGGAUUUGGCGGAGAUCGUUUUCCACAAGAGCAGUGCAGAAGUGGAAGAGCCCGCGUGGACGAUGUUCAAUCCCAACGGAGACUGCGGACCUUUGAUGUCAUUUGGGUGUGCAUUGUUCCGAGACCCCAAGCAAUCAAGACGAUUUUUUCCCAAGCUUCCAGGAGGUUGGAACGCCUGGGAGUUCGGUCUCCCUAUUUUGAUAACAAGGGCAGCACGGUGUCAUCACUGCAGCACGGUGUCAGUUGAUCACUCCGUGCUGCUUCGAGAUCUGAAGUCGUUGAUCGCUACAUCCGUCGCUGAGGGAGGUCAGAGCACAAAAAACUACUCAAAGUGGCGUGGAGAACGGACGGACAAGCAGCCCUUUUCUGUCAUGGGCACUCGAGAAGUAGGCGGCUAUGAUGCGCCAUCAGUGAAAGGAAAUGCAAACGUCCAACGAACCGAAUGAGUGACGGUUUGACUCACCCGGGGACCCCCUUGCCGCCUGCUGCUCUUUGAGCUUUCAUUCUCACCUUGUACUCCUUUUGAGUAGCUCUCUGGCGAGACCGUUGUUCUUGCCAGGCAGUAUCUUCACGGAGACUCCACUCGUUGGUUGACAAAAAGUCGGACAGGAUCUUGUUCCCCUUUUCUUUGGUCAAGCUGUCUGAAAUCUGCUGGGGUCCUGGUACCCAACGGCAAAGAGCACGAUUGGAUUGAUCCAAGAGAGAUUCUUUGAUGGCCAAAAGGUCUAGCGCUGUCCUCCGGUCUUGCGGCAAGCUCUCCGUUUGGAGUGUGUCAAAGGCCGUUUUGGCGUCAAGCACAAGGAUGAGCUCCCACAGCCUGAUGAAGUGUCCCCACCUGUUGACCUCGAAGUCCGGGCACAUGAUCUCGCCGAACAAUGCCCGAACAUAUUCACCAUGUUCGAAAGCCAACGAUGCCGCGCAGGCCUCAAUGGCCAUUGAUGAACGCACAACGCGUUUGCACGCUGUGCUUUGCCACUCAACCAGAUUCAUGCGAGCUCCACCAUGCUUUAUGGUGGGGUUAGCCACCCCGAUGAUCCAGCCUUGCUGAGAUUUGCCAUCCGGCAUCGUUCCAUAAGCUCCAUCUGAAGAGACCACGAAGAGAAUGUCUUCUAAAGGACAACCAAGGUGCACAAAUGAAAGGCUUUGUGGCUUUUUCAAAGCUCUUACUACACUGUUGGCAACCCGAAGCAAUUUGGUGGUUGGUUCCUUGAAGCUCUGUUGAAGCCAAGACACUAGGAAGAGCAAAUCUGGUCGCCCUUGACGAACAGCCCAACUUAGCUUCCCCACACAAGACCGCAGAGAAGCUACUUGAUCAGGUAGAAGAGGCUUGUUGUCUGCUACCUGCGGAUCGAACGGAAUUUCUUCUAAAUCACUGCAGUACUCAUCCAUGUCAGAGACAACCUCAAAGGUUUCCUCAUUUUGCUUCAUGUGUCGACCGAGAAACUUGAUGCCAUCUACCAUAGGUGUCCAACUGCCGAAGGUCAACCGGCCUUUCAGCUCUGUCCAGACUUGCUCAACGUCUGGGCUGCCAGCCAUGAGGCAAUCGUCCACGUGCACGGUGGCCAUGGCUUGUAGUACUCCCUUCACAUGAAGAACGAAAACACAAGGGGCUAAAGUCAACUCACGGAAACCCAGCUCCUUGAGAUGUCGCCGAAGUCCAAGAUACCACAAUCUAGGGCUUUCAUUGAGGCCGAAGACCCCCUUCACCACCUUGACCAAGUCGGUACGAAACCCUUGCAACUUGCCCUCAAGGUAUUGGUUGACUUCUGAAGGCAUUUUCUUAGGGAGCCAAAUGUACAGUGGUUUGUCACGAGGUAAAGGCUCCCCUUGCAAAAAGGCUGCAGUGAUGUCUCCACCAUAACCCUUCCAUCUUUUGCCUACCAUGAUGAUCAAAAGCAAGUGGUGUGCUAGAAGCUGAGCGGUUGGCGAAGAGGUCGGAUAUUCUCCUGCUUCGGGAUCUCGAUGACCACCUACACAAAGCCGCCCCUUGGGACCAAACAACCGUUGAAGCCAUUUCUUGUUGACAAUGACAAAACGGCUCUGAAGUGUAGAUUCCUUGGCAAUGGGCGUGUCAAGUGGAACAGGCUCAACUGCUUCAUACUGGAAGUGAAUGUCCAGAGCUUUCACCAAAGCUGGUAUAGUCAGGCGAACCUCAGUCGGGGUCAUGUCUUUGAGAUAGAUUUCCCCUCGAGCUCCAGGUUCAGGUCCAGCUCGGUGACCUCGCUCUAGCUCCAUCUGCUGUCUGUCAAAUUCUUCCAUCAUUUCACUCAUGCGUUGUUUUUCCACAUCACUUGAGGCUGACGACAAGGCCCACGCUUCUAAGGCCAUCUUGGCCUCUGCCACCAUAGGAGCCAAGGCACUAACUCCAGGUUCGAUGGGAGGGUCUCCUCCAUCUACCCGUGGUGCCUUUGUCAUCGGCUCUCCACCAUUGUCACGUUGCCGGGCGCUUUCAUUGAGCCCCCAGUCUAUGGCUGCAUCCAGCUCUUGCAAGUCCUUUUCAGCAGCCAAACGUUGAAGGCCUGAUUUGAGAGGUUGCCGCUCAUCAAUGUCAUGAAGGAUGGACUUCCAAUCGUCUUGUCCUCCCUUUUCAAAGAAGGCGAUUUUCUCUGGCACUGAAACAGGAUAUGGACUUGGUCGAGGCUUUAACUUUCUUGGAAGGCCAUCCAAAGCACGAGCCCGGUCUGCCGACUCCUUGACCAGCUCCACCAUCUCAGGUGUCACCAGGGGAGCUGAAGGCUCUGAGGUAGACGGACCGGCAGUCUGGACUUCCCCCUUCGGGUCGAUCCCCGUCGUGCCUGAGAGGAACUGCGUCUCGCUGGGGACGCCGGAAGGAAGAUCACCAGACCCCGGAACGCCGGCCUCAGAAUUACCCACAUCUUCUUCGUCAUCGUAGCCAGGCGCCCGCCUGUUGCCAGUGAGCUCUUUCUCCAGGUCGGUCAAGGCAUCCAUGAUGAAACUAGGUCCUAACUCUUCUUCAGGAGUCGCAAGUCGCACAUUCUCAAUAGCCACACGGACCACUGAACCCUUGAAGCGCAACCACACCCGAUCAGGACCAUCAGCGCAGGCGACAACUGCCGGACCUUGAAAGCCUACAGCAAAAUCUUGAAGUCGCCUAUUUUGUCCUGAUUGUUUGUAGAAGUACACGAUGGCACCAGGUGGCAAGGAGUCCGCCUUCAGAUGAGGUGGUUUGCUACGAGCGUUGAGGGCUGCCCGCAGACGCUCAUGAGAGUCCAACCAGUGAAAGGCUGAGGCGGCCUCUUGCCGCAUGCGUUCCAUCGUUUGGUGUUCUUCUACCUCCAACAGUUGGCUAUUGGUGGCGAACUGUACUUCUGCUCGAUCAAUUUGUUCUACCAGCGAGGAUGGGAUCACUUGAUCGCGACCCUGGACCACUUGGAUGGGGGAUUUCCCACAACGUCGGGACAAUCUGUUCUUGGCUUGGACUGCCAUAGCAAGAGCAUAGCUUAAGGACGUUUCCUUAUUCAGCACCAGUUCAUGGACCAUCUUCAGCAAAAUCAAUUUGAGAAUCGCCCCAUGCCUCUCCGCCAGGCCGGCCUUCCAUUUGGCCGACGUGGGCAACACAUUCAAUUCGAUGCCAUACAGCUGGCACAAGCAAGGAAAACGGCCUCGAAACUCAGGCCCUCCGUCCACGGACAACUUCUUCAUGGGGCCAUGAACCAUCACCCAGCGAUCAAAAAGAACUGAACAGCUAGUUUGUGAUGACGGGUUCUUGGAAAGAAUGGCAUACUGAAGAGAACAGAAUCCAUCCACCACAUGGGUCACACUCCACCGUUGGUUGUCGGCGUCCAAAAUGAAAAAGGAGUCCAUGGAGCAAUGUUCAUUGAAUCGUUCUGGUGCCUUAGCCGAAGACUUGGGCGCUGACAAAGGAGGAUGGAUGCGAGAGCAAACUUCACACCUCAGGUCACGUGCGGCUUGCACAACCUCAGUACGAGCACCCUGCAGCUUGAGCAUCCUGGCCAGUCGGUCAUUUGACGGGUGGCCUAAAUUGGCAUGAAGCUUGGCCACCUGGUUCCUCACUGACUUGUUCACACGAAGCGAAGGGCCUACGAACUUGCAGUAGCCAUAGCGACUGCCCAUCCCACUAAAGUCGCCCUUCCGCUCAUCUUCCUCUCGCUGCAACUGUCGAAAAGCCUGCUGAAUGGCUAAGUCAGUGUGGAGCUCCUCUGAGGUGGCCCCUAGAGCAGCCCAUUCAUCGGCUGCAUUGGCUUCUUGCCAAGUCCACAUGGUUUCCCCCCAUGGUUCUUCAUGUUUGAACACUUCAUCACGAACAUCACAACCAUGAUGACCCAUGCAUUGAUUGCACCACCCCUUUUUGCACCGCUCACACCAUGACUCCCCCACUUCAUAGCACCCCUCGGAUGAACACACCAAGGCACGAUGGGACGUGGUCAAAAACACGAGACACUCUGCACAGUCCAAGCCCUCUUCAAAGUCGGCUACAAAGGAGCACACCCCCUGGACCCGUUGUUGCCAGCAUGUCGCAUGUUGGAGAGCGAGGGCAGCGCAAGACAAAAUAUGCCGUGCAAAACAUGGCGUCCACAUUCCCGCCACUAAGGACCGGUUGACCCACUUCCCAUCUAAAAGAACUUGUCCUUCAAUGGUUUCAUGUUCAUGAGAAG